UAAUUUACUCUUGCAGUCAAACGGCUGAAAGAAACAUAAGCUGAAUAGGGGACAGAACUAGCAGCUGCACCACAUUGCUACCUGAUGGAGGCGGAGAAACGCACCCGCAUUCUGCUCCUGCACAAUGCUUUCAUCGUGACCAUGGACUCUGACUCAAGAGUCUUCCGGAACGGCGCCCUCCUAAUAGCCGGCGAUAGGAUCGAAGCGGUGGGACGCUCGCCGGAUAUUAUUCGAGAUUUCUCCCAUCGUGCCGAUGAGAUACUUGAUCUCGAUGGACGCUUCUUGCUCCCUGGGUUUAUCAAUACUCACGUCCACACCUCCCAGCAGCUCGCGAGAGGGAUUGCGGAUGAUGUAGAUCUGAUGACGUGGUUGCACGAACGAAUAUGGCCUUACGAGUCCAACAUGACAGAGGAGGAUUCCUACAUAUCGACGCUGCUCUGCGGAAUCGAACUCAUUCGAACAGGGGUUACAUGUUUUGCUGAAGCAGGUGGCCAGCAUGUCAGCGGGAUGGCAAGGGCAGUCAAGUUGCUUGGUUUACGUGCAUGCUUGACACAGUCAACAAUGGACUCAGGGCAAGGUCUUCCAGCAAAAUGGAAUGCACUGUCUACUGAACACUGUAUUCAGUCUCAGAUUGAACUUUACAAGAAACAUCAUAAUACAGCAGAUGGACGCAUCAAAAUAUGGUUUGGACUAAGGCAAAUUAUGAAUGCAACUGAUAGGUUACUUAAUGAAACAAAGGAGGUCGCACAAGAAUUGAAUACUGGCAUACAUAUGCAUGUUGCAGAAAUACCGUAUGAGAAUGAACUAGUGAUGAAUUCAAGGCAAGUUGAUCAUGGUACUGUAUCUUACUUGGAGAAGAUAGGUUUGUUAGGAAGCAACUUGUUGGCUGCACACUCUGUUUGGGUGAAUGAGCAUGAGAUUGGUUUGCUUGCCAAGGCUGAUGUCAAGGUAUCUCAUUGUCCUGCUGCUGCAAUGAGAAUGCUUGGAUUUGCUCCUAUAAAGGAAAUGCUUGAUCUAGGUGUGUGUGUCUCACUAGGAACCGAUGGAGCACCUUCAAAUAAUAGAAUGAGUAUUGUAGAUGAGAUGUAUCUUGCUUCACUCAUCAACAAAGGGAGAGAAGCUUAUACUAAAGGAACAACCAACCCACCUGCUGAGGCGAUACUAAAGAUGGCAACGAUAAAUGGUGCAAAGUCAGUUUUAUGGGAUAAUGAGAUUGGUUCUUUAGAGGUUGGGAAGAAGGCUGACAUGGUUAUCAUCAGUCCCUUUUCAUGGUCUAUGCUUCCUCUGCACGACAGUAUUUCAAGCCUGGUGUACUGUUUGAGAUCCGAGAAUAUUGAGUCUGUAAUGUGCAACGGUCAAUGGAUUUUGAAGGAUAAAAAGAUCUCAAAUCUAGAUGAGGAAGAAGUAUUUUCUUUAGCAAUGAAAGCUUCAAGCGAUAUUAUUAGAAGGGCAGGCAUUGCCCUUCCUCAUAGGUUCAACUUUUUCUAAUGACAUCUGGAACUGAAUGUGCAGUUUUGCACACCAAGGGUUUGUUUCUAAUGUUCGUUUUCCUCUAUUAACUGUAGCAUCAUGCUGGUCUCCCCUUCUCCUUUGUUUUGCAUGUAUGAUCUGUUCGAUUUACUUCAAAUCAAACUAACAAAUAAAAUAAUAUUCAUGUAUUUUCUAUUUUGGGUUUGCUACCAAAUAACUCAUUCAUCUCCUUA